AUGUGUAAACAAUCAACUCAAUUAACAUUUGUUAUAAUUUGGUGUUCAGUUUAUCAUGGUGAAUUGGCAGACCAGCUGAUUCGGAAACCGGAAGAAUUACGUGCUAAAGAGUUAUGCAAUAGCAGUAUUAAUUGUACUAGUAAGGCAUCAACUGUAUCAAGUGCAAAUCGUAUUAAUAAUUUAAUAUGGCUUAAAAUUCCUAUUCCAAGGACUACGGCGUCGCAGGCAGUUGAAAAGACAGAGGCGACACACUCCAGUAACAAAAAACGCACAUCAUUAUCAUCGCCAUCAGCAUCGUCACACCCAUCAACACAAUCGCAAACACCUAAUUAUGCUACAAAUACAAUAAAUUUACUAUCUAUUAUCUAUCAUAUAUUUCUGCCUAUUUCUUAUGAAUUUGGACCAGAUCUAGUCUAUUUAUUGAUUGGAUCUAAUGAAGAUGAUUACAACUUCAUCACACCGGAUACUUCAGCACGACUCCUCUAUCUGCUAAAUGGUUUAGGCGCUGCUGUAAUUGUCAAUGGAACUUCUCAACAAUUAUGUUCUGAUUCUCUUGUAGGCAGUCUUCUUGGCAAGCCUUUACCAACUGGAUUCGAUGAAACACAAUCAACUUCACCAUCAUCGGGAGUAAAACAAGCUAUUCAUCUUGUCAUGGAACAAAAUCAUCAAAGGUGGAAAUUUUUAAAAUUUUGUGUUUGGGAAAAUGGUUUGUGUCAUGAAAAUAUGAAAUGGGGAAGAAUGAAACGGUUACCUGACUGUUGUUUUAUCGCAGAUUACCAGAAAAAUCAAUAUUAUUGUCCCAAAACGUCUACACACUUCAAGAUGAUGUCAAUAUUUACAAAAGUGUAG